AUGUCUGAUGCUCAAUCAUCAAAUAGUUCUGCAUCUCAAUUUGUAUCAACUUUAGUUCCAACUUUAGUUAUAUCAGUUGUAUUUUUAAUAGCAUUCGUUGCUAUACGUAAAACUCAAAAAAGAGUUUAUGAACCAAGAUCAACUGUUAAAUCAGUCCCAGAAGAUUUAAGACCACAACAACCUUCAACUGGUCUAUUUAGUUGGUUAACUGCUUUAUUAUCAAAACCUGAAACUUAUAUUAUUCAAUAUGCUGGUACUGAUGGUUAUUUCUUUUUAAGAUUUUUAUUUGAAUUUUGUUGUAUUUGUUUAUUGGGUGCUAUUAUUACUUGGCCAAUUUUGUUUCCAGUUAAUGCAACAAAUGGUAAUAAUAAUCAACCAGGUUCAACUGUUGCAGGAUUUGAUAUUUUAACUAUUGCUAAUGUUAGAAAUAAAUGGAGAACUUUUGCUCACGUAUUUUUAUCAUGGAUUUUAUUUGGUGCUGUAUUGUUUUUAAUUUAUCGUGAAUUAGUUUAUUAUACUACUUACAGACAUGUUUUACAAACUACUCCAUUAUAUGAUUCAUUAUUGAGUUCAAGAACCUUAUUACUUACUGAAAUAUCAACUGAAAAAUUAACUGAUGAUAAUUUAAGAAGUUAUUUUCCAACUGCUACUAACAUUUGGUAUGGUAGAGAUUAUAAAAAAUUAGAUAAAGAAGUUGAAGAAAGAGAUAAAUUAGCUAAAAAAUAUGAAGGUGCGUUGAAUAAAGUUAUUACAAAAGCUGUUAAAUUAAGAAAUAAAUGUAUAAAAAAGAAAAAACCAGUACCUGAACCAGUUGAUGAUUUAGAUAAAUAUUUAAAAGAUGGUAAAAAAAGACCAACUCAUAAAUUAAAACCAAUUAUUGGUAAAAAAGUUGAUACUUUAAAUUAUGGUGCUGAACAUUUAGGUGAAUUAAAUAAAACUGUUUCAAAACAACAAGCUGAAUAUGCAACAAAUAAACAAUUACCUGCAGUUUUCAUUGAAUUUCCUUCACAAUUAGAAUUACAAAAAGCUUAUCAAGCUAUUCCAUAUAAUAAAGAAUUUAAAGGUGUUAAAAGUGUUACUGGUGCUGCACCUGAUGAUAUUAUUUGGAAAAAUUUACAAUUGACUCCAAUGCAAAGAAGAAUUAAAAGUAUUUUAGCAAAUACUUUUUUGACUUUAAUGAUUAUUUUCUGGUGUAUUCCAGUUGCUGUUGUUGGUGCUAUUUCAAAUAUUAAUUUCUUAACUGAAAAAGUUCCAUUUUUAAAAUUUAUAAAUAAUAUGCCAAGUGUUAUUAUGGGUGUUAUUACAGGUUUAUUACCAGUUGUUGCAUUAUCCAUAUUAAUGUCAUUAGUUCCACCAGUUAUUCAAUGGAUGGGUAGAAUUUCAGGUAAAUUAACAGUUCAACAAGUUAAUGAAUAUUGUCAAUCUUGGUUUUAUGCUUUUCAAAUUGUUAACGUAUUUUUAGCUAUUGCUUUAGGUUCAUCAGCUGCUUCAGUUGCUCAAGAAAUUGUAAAAGAUCCAGGCUCAGCUAUGCAACAAUUAUCUCAAAGAUUCCCACCAUCAGUUAAUUUCUAUUAUUCUUAUUUAUGUUUACAAGGUUUAACUAUUAGUUCUGGUGUAUUGUUACAAUUAGUUCCAUUAAUUUUAUCCAAAAUAUUAGGUAGAGUUUUAGAUAGUACUCCAAGACAAAAAUGGGUUAGAUGGAACACUUUAGGACAACCUGGUUUCCAAGUAUUAUAUCCAAAUUUCCAAUUAUUAACAGUUAUUGCAUUAUCUUAUUCUGUUAUUGCUCCAUUAAUCUUGGGUUUUACAGCAAUUGCUUUCAUUUUAUUCUAUUUUGCUUAUAUUUAUACAUUUGUUUAUGUUAUGAAACCAAGUCAAGUCGAUGCAAGAGGUCAAAAUUAUGUUAAUUCAUUAUUCCAAUUAUUUACUGGUUUAUUCUUGGCUCAAUUAUGGAUUACUGCAUUAUUUGUUUUUACUAAAAAUUGGGCUUGUGUAGCAUUAGAAGCUGUUAUAAUCAUUGUUACAAUAGUUGCUAAAUUUUGGAUGCAAAGAAGAUUUUUAACUGUCUCUUAUGCAGUACCAAUUUCAGCUAUUAAAUAUGCAGCUGGUGAUUCAACAUAUACUUAUCCAAUGUAUGAUCAAGGUUAUAAAGAAAUUCAAACUGAAGGUAAAAAUUAUUGGGAAGGUGGUAAUCAAUUGGGAUUAAAUGGUGCUGAUAUAAAAGAUCAAGUUGUACCAUAUAGAAAUCCUUUAGAAUCUGCAACUUCACCACGUACAGCUUCAGCAAUCGAUGGUGGUUCAACUGUAUAUGAUCAUCGUGGAUCAGAUUCUUCAGCUAUUGAUACAAAAGUUGGUAAAAUUGAUAGUGAAAAAGAAUUUAGUAGAGAUGCUAAAUCAGCUACUGGUCCAUUUGAUAAUCAACAACCAAAUAGUGCUGAUCCAGAAAAAGCAGGUGGUCAUAAUGGUCCAUUAAAUACUGCAGAAGGUGCAGCAAAAGGUGUAGCAGGUGCACCAGGUAAAGGAAUAUCAUGGUUAAAAAUCUUUUUCAAACCUAAAUCUCAAACUUUUGAUAUGAUAAGAAAUAUAAUGCCAAAUUCAUAUUUUAAUUAUAUUGAAUAUAAUUCAGAAUUUAUAAGACAUGCUUAUGAUGAUCCAGCAGUUUCUGCAGAAGAACCUCAUAUAUGGAUUGCAAAAGAUCCAAUGGGAUUAGCUGAAAUUGAAAUAAACAAAGCUUUGAAAAAUGGUGUUGAUGUUAGUGAUUCUAAUGCUACUUAUAAUGAUAAGGGUCAAAUUGUAUUUACUGGUCCUCCUCCUACUUAUGAAGAAGCUAUUAGAGUUUAG